AACUUUAGAAGAUGUUAAUAGUUAUUAUGAUAAUUUAUACAAAAUAUAAUGCUUUUAAAUAAGAAUAUAAUCAUCAUAUUGAUUUAUAUAAACGGUUUGUCGUUUAUUAUUUAAUUUAUUUUAUAAAUAUAAAAAAUGAUCAAUUAUUUCUCUUUCUAUAAUUUAAACUGUUUGUCGUUUAUUAUUUCUCUUUCUAUUAUGUAAUUUUUUUGGCAAGUGAUCAACCGUUAUUAAUCUUUCUAUAAUUUCAAUAGUUAGUUACCAUAAGUUAUUAUCUGCAAUAUUCUAUAGAUUAUUUGGUAAGUGAUAUUAAUUGCUUAUAAACUUAUCAUUAAUUUAGAUAUAAUUAAAAUAAAUAAAAAUUAAAAAUCAUCGACCAAUCAAAUUAUAACAAUUUCUUGAAACUUCACCAGUGAUCAACACAUAAGCGAAAGUCACUUAAGUGACUUCUCAUUUAAUAAAUAAGAGGAUUAAACUAUCAAAUAAGAACUUAGUUUACAUGAUUUUUUUUUAAAGGUGAAGAAGAUUUUUAUCCGAAAUAUCUGUGAUUAACCAAAGAUAUUCGGAUAUCUUUAUCCGAAAUAUCUGAGAUUUUAUCCGGAUCAUCCUAAUUAUUCGAUAUUUUUCCAAAAUACCUGAUAUUUUACCUAAAUUAUUCGAACUAUCCAAAAUGAUCGAACAUGCACCGAAAACGAAUGAAAACUGAAUUUUUCCAGGAAUUUUCCAGUUCCUAUUGUUAUUAUUUGAACCGAACCGAAUCCAAACCUAGUAGAACUGAACCCAAACCAAAUUAGGUCAAGUAGUAAAUAGAUCCUCUAGUCCCUAUCUAAACUGCCAUAUACCCGGAUUAUCUAAAUUGAACCGAACCGAUACCCAAAAUGUUCAUGCCUAGUUUAUAAUUCGUGACGUGUUCAUAUUAAUGUACUAUGAUGCUAUUUAUCAUGUUAUAUUUUAUUCGUUGCUUGAGAAAAAAAUUCUAUUUUGCUUUGAUUGAUAGUGCGUACUAAUCAUUGUUUCAUAUCUAUUAAUAUUUGUAAUUUGUAAUGAAAGAAAAUUAAACAUUAAUAUGAAGAACCUCUGAAUAAGCAUGAGGUAUGUUUUGUAAUUGUAUCAUUCAUACGAAUUUUGGCUUAUGCGUGUAACUAUCAAAACUAAGCAUUUACAAAGUCAAUUUUAUCAUUUCGUCAACCAUAUCCAUACAAGUGUAGAUUCACACAAAUUUCUCUUAUAUACUAUUAUCAGAUGAUUAUAUAGUAUAGUUUAGUAUCACAAAAUAUUUUUUACAAGUUUCAGAUUUUAAUCUAUAUUAUUAAAAGAGAAGUACCUAUUAAAAAUAUCUCUUAGUUUUUAAAUUUAGUUACACUUCCAUGCCAAUGAGAAUUAAAUUGAAUUUCCUAUUUUAAUGCUUGUCUUUUUCAGUUAGAUUAAUGUGUUUUCCUUAAAUAAAUUUGAGUUAAAUGGAAUUAAAUUAAUUUUAAAAUACACAUAUAUUGACAAACUACUGAAACAAAUAAUAACAAACUAUUGAAACAACCUAAACUAUGAAAAACAAUUUAAAAGUUACCUUUCACGCUUUUGGUCUUAUAAUACAUAUACAUUACCAUAUAUAAAUAAAAUUAAUGCUUAUUACUAUAACUUACCAAUAAAAUAUUUUGCAUAUGUACUAGAUGUGAUUCACUUAUGUUUUAACCUUCCUUAUUAUAAACUUUUCGAAAUAUUAUCAUCAAUUUGUUUUAAUAAAAAAGGAAUAUUUCAGCAAUAUGAGCUUCAUAUUUUGAAUAUAAAAUUAACUUUAUUCCCAUGAUUUUAGUUAAAAUAGGCGGGUGAAUUUAUAUCCCGUCCAAUUCGGGUUUUUAGAAUAGUUGUAACUCAUUUUUAGUUUGAUCCAAACGCAUAAUAUACUAAUAAUGCAUUUCAAUUAUACAAUUAAAUAUGAACGGAAUGUCAAUAUAAUUUGAUCCAACGUAGUAUAUAUAUAUAUAUAUAUCCAAUAUUUUUUUAUAGUUACAUAACUGCUCUAACACAAAUUUAAUAAAUAUAUAUAACACGAUACAAUAACAAAAUUUAUAAUAUACAUAAAUCGUUACAUAAACACCAGUGUAGUCGCACGGGUCAAGCUCUAGUUUUAUUUUUAAAAUAGAUAUACAAUAUAUUUUACAUUUGAGUUUGGGUUUAGUGAUAACGGUUUAGAGUUUAGUGCUUAAAAGUUGGAAGUGGGUUUAGUAUUUAAGAGUUUUGUGUGGGGUCAGAGUCUUAUACUAUUUCGGUGAUAUGGAAUACAACUUUAUUGAAUUUUUUUCUAUUUUUCUAUUAAUUUUACUGUCAUUCAGUCGCGUGAUUAUAUUUUAUAUUUGAGUUUAGAGCUUAGUGAUGAGAGUUUAGGGUUUAGUAUUUAGGAACUGGAGUAGAAGUAGUGUUUAAUAUUUAAGGAUUGUGGGUGUGGUUUUAACCUCAUAUACUACUUAGGCAAUAUGGAAUAUAAUACUUAGUGCAUAUGUAUGUGGUUACUAAACGUGUAACGUAGGUGUUUCUUUCUACUUUCAUAUGAAAUAGUUCUGUCAUUUAUGACUAUUUGUGAUACGUUAUGUUUACCGGGUAACUGAAAAUAAAAAGGGUAUAACCGGCGCACUUUGGAUGUAAAUGUUAGAUUAUUCAAUAUGUCAAAAUCAAUGUCAUCUACAACUUAAUUUUACUUUUAAACUGGGUUAGAUAGCAAAUAAGCCUUAUAUUAACGACAGAAGUGUGAAGUAUUCCAGCAUACGGUUUUCAGUGUGUAGUUUAUACAUCUUUUACCCCCUUUUUUUAUUUUGAUGGAAAACUAUAGUGUAUGGAUUUUAAAUUCAAAAUUUAUUGACAAUCAAAUAAAUUGUUUUUUAUAACUAUGUUAUUUUAAUAUUUAAACAUGAAAUUCCUAAAAUGUUUUCAAUGAAAUAGCAAAAGAAAUUUAAAAGAAAAACGACCUAAAACUAGUGGACCAAAUAUCAUAAAAAUGAAAAAAAAAUACGAGACAAAGUGUACGUGAAGUUCAUUAAAACGGGUUAACAAACUUUUUCUUGAAAAAAAAAGGUAUUAAAUUAAAAUACACAUGAUGACUUUUCAGUCAUACAGUUUAUAUGAGUUGCUAAGAUAUAUACAUGUUAACAAUUGCCAAUAAUAUAAUUAAGUGGCUGAGAUUGAUUCCAUUGAAGCCUAAGUUCGUUCCAACGUACGGUUUUCAGCUUCUUGAUAUAUAUGUUUUGCAUUUUGAGUUCUUUAACUUUUACAUUCAAUCACUUUUAUAGGUUUGCAGCCCUUCAAAACAAAGUUGUUUGAUAAAGUAAAGAUGAUUACACCGACAAUGAAGAAACUGGACUACAUGUGACAUGUUUAGAAGCAUAAUACUAAGGUUUGGAUAAUUGGAUCGGACUUAGGCUUCAAUUAAAAUCAUGACUCGAGUAAAAAUAAUCCAAUUUCGGUCAAUACAUUAUUGGACCACGAUCAAAGACAUGAGCCGUAAGAACCGAAGCCCAUAGCGAGUAUUCGAGCUCGAGACGGAGACCCCGAGGUCCCGGAGAUCGCGAAGCGGUUACGAAUAUCACGGUGUCGACUCACUAUAAAGAAAGAGGAACAUACAUGAAGGAGGACACGUUAAAAAUCCUAGAGAGAGCUACACCCACACUUCGACCUUGUUUUCAUCGACUUUUAGAUCUUUUUUUUGAACCAUCUGAUUGUAACAUUCGAUCUCGUUUUGCUUAUUGUAUUCGAUUUCAUUGAUCAAUAAAAGUAUAUUUUUGCCUACUGGAAACUGAUUAUAUCGUUGUAUUCUAAAGAUAUCGUUGUCUACAUCAUUUAUCUUCUUCUGAUUAAACUCUCGAUCACUAUCAAAUUCUUAGUGUAGAUUUUAGGAUCUACACAUAUGAUAAAUUUUUAAUGAUUAAACUCAAGUAUAAAUCUACAAGACAAAUCACUCCAACUGAUAUUAUCCUUACCAUUAGCUCCAUAAUUGACGGACUACCUAAACUUUAAAAUGUGUUGUGCGUUUUUUUUUCUUAACAUCAAAACAUUAUUCUAUUAUUCAAACUAAAUGUGGUAUGAGAAUCUAGACUGGAAUAGAACAAUCAAUAAAAAUUAAACUACGUUGAAAAGUACGAACUAUCGUAGCCAAACCAUCUAAUGUCCGAUUCUGCUCUCUUGGUAUUUGAGAAAUCUCGAAGUCUAGAAAUCUUCUUUGAAGCAAUGCUUAGUUCCCCAUGCUUUCGGAUCCAAAGUCAUCGAUAUAAUAUCUUUGUAGUCUAUCCCAAAAUGUUGGCAAUUCUAGUGUUGUAAUAUGGUGUUCAUUGCCCAAAUUAACGCAUUUAGUUCUGGGUGCAACGAAGACAUACGAUUUUCUUUGUGGUGCAUUUUAAAUGGAAGGAAUAUACAUAUAUUGGUUAUCACGGGAUAUCAGAAAAUGUAUAAUAUUAAAGAUACUUACACGAAAAGAGGAACAUAAGUUUGGAAACCUUAAAGGAUAAUAAUACUUGGUUGUGAUAGUAUCAGGAUCAGAAUUACAUCAAGAAACAGAUCAAUAGAAAACAUAGAAAGCAUUAACUACAUUUUUAUCUUAUACACAACUCAGAAGAAACCCCUUUUAACUUCACAACGAGAACUUGAUUAAAUGACUAAAAUAUUCGUACUUAGUAGUAUAAUAAGCUUGCUAGCUUUUCAAACCCAUUAACCCACGUGCAUCUCCAAUUAUUACACAGCCACAUUCUCAUUUUCCAUAUCUUUAUAGAAAAAAGAAACAGAUAUAUGUUUAUACCACCCUAUAUAUAAUCCCAAAAGUUAUUAGUUAUAAUAACAUUUGAAAUGAGAAAGAUGAUGAAAAGUGAAAAGGGUUUUUUUGAAAAGCCUUUCAUGCUUCAGUAACGUGAUCCGUUAUACGAUCCCCUCUCUGUCAUUGAUCUAACGAAAAAUUUCUCUACAGCUUGAUUGACUUUAUUAGUCGUCUAUACCCUCAUUUCACAAAACUACCCCUCCGGCCCUCCGUCGACCAUUAUUCUCUCUUUACCCAAGUGCUCCAGUGUGUUUUUCAAAACCAAUAAAGAAAUUUCAAUCUGAACUUAUGAGUUAUAUAUGUCAUUAAUAUCUUAACUAAGCGUUGUGUAUAAGACAUGUUUGGUUUUCGUUUUUUUUUUUUUGAUCAAAGUUUGGUUUUCGUUUAAAUGCUAUAUUAUUUAAACAUAAACGAAAACGUAAAUAAACAGUAGUUUGCAUGAAAUUCAUGGUAUAAACCUUCUGAAAUUUAGGACUUUGGUGACUCCUUAUCUUGAGUCUUAGUAAAAAUUCUCAAAACUAGGCUUGGGUUCCCAGUUAGGUUUGUUUCAGCUGAUUCGGGGUUUCAGAGUUUUUUGUUCUAUGUUCAUAAAUUCUAUUCAAGUUUUAUUAAUUUUUAAGUCGGGUUCAGUUCAAUUCCUUCAGGGUUCGUUUAGAUUGGAUUAUAACCAAUGUAUAAAAUUGUCUAAAAGCUAAUUUAAAAAACUAAUGAAAUUGACCAAAUAUAUUCAAAAUAUAUAAAUUAUUUACAAAAUACUAGUUACACUUGUUAAACUAACUAAAAGUAUUGGAAACAAGAAUAAAAAUCAAAUUAUUUUUUUCUUAAAAACUUUAAAUACCUAAAUUAGCCUAAUAUAUGUAAAAACAAUUAGUAGAUUUAACUAAUUCAGAUGUUUUAAGAUCUUAGUUUGGAUUUCGGUUCAGUUUGGGUUGUAUUCGAAUCCAAAAAUACAGUAUAACCUCUUUAAAUUAAUAGUCUAUAAAUUAAUAUACACUUAAAAUCUCUAUAAAAUAAUAUAAUUUUAUAGUCUCAAAUUGAGUUUUUAGUUUAAUUAGUAUAUCGAUAAAUUAAUAUUUCUAUAAAUUCAUAAAAAUAUUAUAGUUUUGGUAUAUUCCCAACAUUAUUAAUUUAUAGAGGUUUUACUGUACCUAGCUAUUAGUCUUUGUUCGGAUAUUUUUAUAACAGUCUAAUUGGAUCUUUUUUUCCAGUUUAGAUUUGGUUCGGGUUUUGGGUUUGGUUUAAAACAGACUUACUCUACACUAUUUAAACUAUUUCCUACGUGAAAGGGAUUUACAAAUUUCAAACGAAACAUAUGGAUAAUAUGGAGAUGUGUAGGUAUACAUUUACAGUUGAUGAUCCAUAAAAAAGCAUCAUAGAUGAGAAUAAUGAUGGUUAUGUUUGAAAAACCAACCAUCUUUGUCAACGUUAUAUAUAUAACUAAUUAUUGGUGUAUAUUAUGAUUUCUCCUCUUAAAAACAUAGAUUAAAACGUCAUAAUGGUAAAUAUUAAUUCGUUUAUAAGAUAAACUAACUCGGUGUUUAAAGAAACUAAGUUCUAAUUGUUAUACAAUCAAAUCAUUUCGUCUUAUCGAUGGGGAUAAUCAAUGGAGCCAGAGCUAACAACAAAUUCACAUAAUGAUGGUACGGCGGUCGUUUGUUAGAGGAUUAUCCAGAUAUUCAUUCUAUAAAACAAAAUUAUCAAAUAACUCAAAAUAUAUACUAGGAAUGUAGUGUCUAGUAAUAAAAAUCUCUAUAAUAUCUAGCUAGGUUAAUUUUUCCGACUUAUAAAAUUUAUGAAGAAAAAUACAUAUAAAUUAUUUUCCUUCAAUAUUUUUAAUAUUAGUAUUUCUUUAUUUGGUAAAAAAAUAUUUAUCUAGAUCCUUGAUUAUUUAUAUGUAGAAAAACACAGAGUUGAUUCCACAACUAUCAAUUUCAGCUAGAUUCCAUUUCCAAGCCUAUUAUUUUGAACGCAAAUAUCAAAACAAAGGGUGCAAUCGACAUUUCGAUGGAUAUAUAUGUUCACAGACACGAAGCAGCUUACAUAUAAAGUGAUUGGUAAUGCCACCCUCCACUUAUUGAAAACAGCAGCCUUUUAGCUCCCAACAAAAAACAAAACCAAAAAAUGGCUGAGCAACAACAACAAGAAGAUCAUCACAAAGAGCUUCAGCUUUUGCCUUCUCCACCGUCGACCGAAUCUCGGGUCAGGAAACUCCGACCAACAGUUAUAACAACCGAUCACCACCAUUCCCCAUCCAUGAUCCACCAAGAUCUCGACCUCAAACUCUCCAUCAGCCUCAGCACAAUUCCAACAGCGACGGUGGAGCAUCUAAGCGAUGGCGGAGGAGGAGUUGGUGGUGUGGAGGCCCUGAAGUGGCAGGCAGCGGAGCAGAUAAGACUAGCGGCGAUAGAGAAAGCUUACGCAGAGAGAGUCAGAGAGCUGACUCGCCGUGAGAUGGAGAUGGCUCAAGCUGAGUUUGCUCGUGCAAGGGUGAUGUGGCAGAAGGCUAGGGAGGAGGUGGAAAGAGCGGAGAGGUUGAAGGAGAGAUCAAUGACGAAGAUCGAUACGACUUGCUUGGAGAUCACUUGCCACUCUUGCAGGCAACGCUUUAGGCCUUAAUUUAUGUGUUAAUUUGUUUCUCUUAACUAUUGUUAUUAUAAAUGAAAUUUGAGUACUGGUUUACUUUGUAUGAGAAAAUAAUUUGGAAAAAAAGAGAAAUUAUUUUGUUUAAAUCUUUAUUUUGUUACUUUCCCAUAAACAAAUUUGUGGUAAAUAGUUUUUGUUCAUUUUCGAGUUUGGUAAUAUUUGUCCUUGUCUUUUGUUUUCUUGAAAUCGAAGGAAAACAAUAUAUCUAGAUCGAUAAGAUAUUCACUAAACGUUUUCUUGUUUUUUCAUGAACUAUUAAUUACACAAAAUUUUCUUUUCUUUUCUGUUUUUAGCUCAACAUAAUCUUUUCGGACCUGACUUUUUAGAUAGGCAUUAUAAAACAAUUCAAUAAAUUACAUGUGUAUAAUCGGAGAUGUACUAAAAUUAAAGUUAAUUACGGAGUAUACAUUAACCAUGUCGAUUUUGCAACAUCAUAUACAUUAAUAAUAUUGAGAAAUAAACUCGAAUUAUGUCCCUAAUUAGCCACCAGAACAAAGCCAAUUAGUGUGAUCAGUUAGUUAAGUGCUUGAUAUUAAAGUACCGUGAGAUUAGAGUUAAUGAUAAAUAAUUAUUGCACCAUAUAUAAUAAAGAAAAAUUGCAUUGUAUAACCUUCAAACAAUUAAUAAUUCAUUGAAUAACUAAAAAAAAGUUGACAGUGAUAUUUAAUGUAUUUUCUGUCUUAUAUACCAAAUGCCCUUUACAUCUACUGGUUCAAUUUUUUCACUCUUUUUUUCUUUCAAAAAUCUCUUAAUCAAUAAGACUGUUCACAAAUUUCUUCACGUCUGAAUAUGAAAUUCUUUUUGUUUGAAUGUUGGACAAAAGUUAGGAGUCUAAUUCAUGGUCACUUUCCAUCAACAAAGAUUUAUUUUUCUCAUACUAUUUUACAUUGGUGCUCAACUAAUGUAAAUGGAAUAGAAUAGGUCAUCCAUACUAUCAGUGGAGGAUCCAUACUAUGUUUUCUACAUAAAAAUAAAAUAUUAUAAAAUAUUAUAUAGAUUAUGUUUAGGUUUAUGGUUCAGUGAUUAGGAUUUAGAUUUAGUAAUUAGAGAUUGGGGUUGGGGUUUAGUAUUUAGUGAUUGUGGAUAGAGUUUAGUCUUCAAGGUUGAAGUGAGAUUGAAAUCCUAUACUAUUUCAGUGAUAUGGAAUAGAACAUUCAUAAAUUUCCAAACCAUUUGAUUGUGCAUUCCAUGUUGUUUGAAGUCCAAUCAAUAUAAUCUCAGAUAACACAAAAUUUUGACAUUUUUUAUAUGAGAUGGCACAAUUCACUCUUAACCAUCCAUUAUACUGUCUACAAUGAAUAUACAUGUGAUAAAUAAGUACUAGGUUAAGACCCGCGCCUUGCGCGGAAUGAACAUUAUAUAUAUAAAUUAUUUUAUAUAUUAUAUGUUUAUAACAUAUUAUAAAAUAAUAAAUAUAUAUUGAAUAAUUAAAAAAGCCAUUAUCUACUACUUAUAUAAUUAAAUUGAUGCGAACAUAUAAAUAAAUUUUAUAAAUCGAAAAAAUAUUUUUUCUAUUUAAUAAGAUAUAUAAUUAAAUUUAAAUGAUAGUAACAUAUAUAUGAUAUAUUUUAAUAUUAAUAUUUAUUAGAUGAUGUUUUUUGCUCUUUUUUUUUGUCAUUUGUAUAUGUUAUAGUAAACGUGUGUGGUAUUAUGUGAGGUGAUCAGAAAUAGUUGUGUUUCAUUUUUGUCUAUACAAUGUCAUUUAUUUUCUCCUUCUUUUACCGGGUACUUACAAAAAAUAAAGGUAUAAGUGACUGAAAUGAGUGUUAAAUGUUAGUGAAUUAAUUAUGUCAAAAUCAUUGUUAUAUUCUUAAUUUUGAUUCAGAAUUUGGUUAGACAUCAAAUUAACCAUAUAAUAAACGCCUAGAAAAAUAGAAAAAGAAUGAAUUACUUGUAUGGUUUCAAUAUAAUUGGCUAACCUAUAUAUGGCUCAUUUUAUUUUCUGUAAUCAUCAUCUUUGAAAUUAAUGUUUGUUCAAUGAAAAAUUGAUGAUUUUUUUAAAAAUAAAAAAAUUAUAAAACACACACGUACAUGUACAUAAAGAGAUGUAUGCAUGGAAAUGAUGGGUAUAAUUAUUGCAUUACUAUGCUCAUUUCAUCUAUUUUACUUAUAUAAUAUUGUGUUUAUGCCUACGUACAUAAACAUUUUUUUGGCAAAGGAUACGGAAAUAUCUAAUAGUGUCAAUUACAAAAUCUCGAAUAUGUGAACUCAAUGAACUCAACGAAUAAGAACUCAGUGGAUAUCCUAUAUAAGUUAUAUUUCCUAUUUCAAAUAUUAUUAGGCUAGCUUGGCAACCAAGCUACUAACUUCAAGUUCACCUCCAACAAUUUCCCUUUUAAAUUUGAAGUUACCUUGCUUUACAUCUUGAACUUCGACAAGACUUUUUUUUUUUUUUGAAUUUGAUCAUUCCCAAUGCCUUAGUCAAAAUAUCAGCUCUUUGUUCAGUCCCGGGUACGUGCUGCUUUUCGAUUAACUCAUUAUCAACACAUUCUUGUAUAAAGUGGUAUUAUCGAUGAAUGUGUUUACUACGACCGUAGAACACAAGAUUCUUCGUUAGGGCUAUAGCAUAUUAGUUGUCUAUCUUGGUCAUCACUUUCUUACACUCUGUUCUAGUUAUCUCUCCGAGAAACUUUUGAAGCCAAAUAGGUUGUUUAGCUACCGCAGUCGCUGUCAUGAACUUGGCUUCACAAGAUGAUAAUGCAACUGUCUCCUGUUUUUGAAAAAACCAUGUAAUAGGACUGUCGGCAUAGAAGAAGACAUGUCCGGUUGUGCUUCUACCGUCGUCCUCAUCCACGUUAUGACUACUGUCGCUGUAUCCCAAUACUCUUGUCUCAUUCGAUCGCACGACCUCAAGCCCAUAUGAUUGUGUCCCUUGUAGAAACCUCAAGAUCUGUUUCAAAGCUGCUUCAUGAGAUCAUUUAGGCGCUUGCAUAUAUCUUCUCAGAACACCAACGGCGAAAGAGAGAUCUGGCCGUGUGUGAAUCAAGUAUCUAAGGCACCCGCUGUUCUUUCUAUAUUCCUUCUCAUUCACACCCUCUUCUUCAGAUGAUUUCGACAGUUUCAGACCUGGAUUCAUAGGUAAGUGAAGUGCAUUCCAGUUUCCCAUCCCGGUUUCAGACGAUACCUUCAUCGCAUAUCUUUAUCUUAGUGUGAUUCCUUUCUCAUGUUGUACUACUUCAAUCCUAAGGUAAUAGGUUAGCAUACCUAAGUCACUCAUCUCAAAAUUUGCAGCCAUUCCUUUCUUGAACCCAAGUAUGCGAUCACGACUCGUCUCAGUUACUAGAAGAUCAUAACAUAGACUGCUACAAGUAGAAUAUGAUCUUCUUCUUGCUUACGAUAAACACUUUACAAAAUUCAAACUCCCAAGCACUUUAUUUAGUUUCUCAUUCCAGGCUCUUGGAGUUUGUCGUAGACCAUAAAGUACCUUCUUCAAUUUAUAUACCUUGUCUUUGUUCCCUUUGACCACGAACCCUUUUGGUUGGAAAACAUACACUUCCUCCAUUAAGUCACCAUGAAGAAAGGCGGUUUUGACGUCUAAGUGAUGAUUUUUUCAACCUCUUGAAGCUGCUAGAGCAAUAAGAAACCUCACCGUCUCGAUGCGUGUCAUAGGCGCAAAGACCUCAUCAAAAUCUAUACCAUGUCUUUGUAUAUAACCCUUGGCCACUAGUUUAUCUUUAAAUUUGCUUAUACUCCCAUCAGCGUUACGUUUAACUUUAAAGAUUCACUUUAACCCGAUGGCUUUUGCUCCAAUAGGAAGUUCGACCAGCUCCUAAGUUUUGUUCUUGACAAUCAAAACAAUCUCAUCUUCACAGGCGUCUCUCCACACUUUCUUCUCCUUUGCUUCAUUAUAAUCCCAUGGCUUAUCGUUUAUUGUAAGAAGAAGACGCUCACUUUCAAGUUCGGCUAGCUGUAUAUAAUCAUCAAGGUAUGCAUCUUUCUUCUUCUCUCUUGUUGAUCUUCUUAAAAUUUCUUCAUUGUGAUCGUCUAUGUCUUCUUCUUCAUCAACAGUAGGUAUCUCUGAAUCUUGGUCUAUCGCAGCAACUGUAUUAUCGCCUUCUUCAUCUGCAUUCCCAACAAUAUCGUCAUUCUUGUUGAUUCCUCUGUUUCCAAACUCAUCGAAUUUCAUCUCAAACGUUCCAGGUACGGUUACUUCUUCAGUACUGCUCUUCCAAUUCCACAUCUUAUUUUCAUCAAAGAUGACGUCUCUGCUUACACUCACUUUACGAGUUGUAGGAUCAUAUAACCUGUAGGCUUUUGAUCCCGGCUCUGUUCUGAUGUGUACAAGCGCUCGUGAUCGAUCGUCUAGCUUCUUUAGAUGUGGGCUGUCUACUUGGCGCACCCGACAUAUCCAAAGACUCGUAUGUGUUCAACGUUCGGUCUCUUAUUCUUGAAUGCUUCGUAUGGCGUUUUAGACACAAGAACACGAGUUCCUACUCUCUUAAUGAGAUAGUUUGCAUGUCUCACGGUUUCUCCCCUAGAUAGUUUGGACACUCCAUAUGGUUCAAUAUACUUCUUGUCAUAUCUAACAGCGUCUUGUUAUGUCUCUCUACAACUCUGUUAUGUUGAGGAGUGUAGUAAGCUGUCAAGUGUAUAAGUAUACCAGAUGGCUCACAAAAGGAUUAAAAUUCUGUUGAUAUGACCUCUCCUCCACGAUCAGUUCUGAAUGUCUUGAUAGUUGUUCAUGUUUCUUGCUCAACCAUGGUUUUGAAUUUCUUAAACUUAUCGAAUGCUUCUCCUUUCUCUUUAAGAAGAAUUGACCACAUGUAUCGGGAAUGAUCAUCUAUAAGAACAAAAUAUAUCUCUUCUUUUUAGGUGUAGGAGGCGUGAUAGGACCACAAAGAUCACCGUGUAUCAGAUCAAUUAGAUCGUCCGCAUGAUAUGUGGUUGCUUGCGGGAAAUAAUGUCUUGAUUGCUUUUCAAGUAGGCAUGAUGAACUUUUAUCUUGCGUGUUCCUCUGCUUCCUGUGUGUUCCUCUGCUUCAUGCGUGUCUUCUUUCUCUUUGUUUUCAGAUGUCUCCUGUAGUUUCAGCAAGCAGUCGGGACAUGAUGAUGCAUAGUGACCCUUUUUAUUACCGCGAUAGCAAGUGAUCUUCGAUAAAUAAAUAUCACCUUAGUACCGAUCGUAGUAACGGCCUCGUCCUCUUCCUCUGUUAUAGUAACGACCACCACGUCCUCUUCCUCUAGAAUAUCCAUAGGAAUCACAGCUUGUCAAGGGAGGUUGAGAAUCUGUGGGAGCAUACAUCAGUUUUUGAUUAUCCUGUGUUGUUUCUUCUUCUUCCUCAGCAACACGUUCCUCAUAGGUUUUCAAACGCCCUAUAAUAUCUUCAAAACUCGUAGUCUUAAGGUCAAGAACUUGUUCCAAGGAAGCCACGAUAUGAAUGUGUUUUUACGAGGAAGGCUUGAAAGAAAUUUCUUGACCAGUCUAGGUUCUUCAAUAGCUUCACCUAGUGCAGCAAAUUUUGAUGAUAUUACAGAUAUUUUGCCAACAAAAUCAUCGAUCUUGUCAUUAUCCUUCAUUCUUCAAUCUAUCGAACUCAGCCAUUAGAGUCUGAAGUCGGGCUUCUCUCACCCUGUCUGCUCCCAUAUGGUGUGAUUUUAUUGCAUCAUAUACGUGUUUUUCUGUAUCUAGUUCUCCUACCUGUAGGAUGAGUGUUUCCGGUAUAGAUUAGAAAAGCAAAGCAAUUUGUUCUUUUCUCCAUCAGUGCUUUCUUAUUCAACAACCUCCACUUUGUGCACUUUAAGCAAUACAUUUACUCUGAUUUCUCAUUCCGCAUAAUUCGUCAAAUUGAGCAUAGGACAGCUUAUGGAUGAUAAUCCGUGAUGCAGCAUAGACAUACAUCCUUUUCCUCUUUUGCUUAGCAUUCGUAUUUCUAUUUUCACAUGUCUUUCCAUUCUUCUUAUGUUUUUUUUUUCCUUUUAAGUUUAGGAUAAACAUAUAUCCUUUAGCUUAGGCAAAAAGAAAUAUGAAGUUAGUAUAAAUAAGGGCAUCAAAUGCUUAUGUAAGACACCUUUGAUAUUUAGAAGAUAUUGAGUUUAUUUAAGAGCUUUAACGAGCAAUGCGAAGAGUAUUCACGCCCUUAAGAGCUUUAACGAGCACUGCAAAGAGUAUUUGCGCCCGAUUUAUUGUUUUCGAAGUUACCUUCGUUGACAAGUUUCAGAAGUCCGAGAUUAAACCCUUGAUCUUUGACUUAUACAGCUCCAAUACUUAUUCUUCCCGACUUCUCGUUUCCGUUCGAGUUACAUUAAGAUACGUCCAAACUGGUCAUCGGUGGCGUUUUAACUCAACAAGGUCUUCCUGUUGCGUUCUAUAGUGAGAAACUGACAUGGGCGCGUGGUCGCUACAACACGUAUGAUGUAUGGUGUUUUUGACAUCAUUGUAUAUUUGUUUUCUAAUUGGUUUUCAGGUUUUUAUCGAGUCUUCCUAGUCUUUCUCGAGUCAUUUCAGGUUUGGAGUUGCACUGGAUGGGUGAUGGACCAGUUGGAGCAAAAGAGGCGGAAAACAGUGCAAUUUGGUGAUUUUCAUGCAGAAUAGUCUGAAGUGAUUGUUCCCUAUCGAGCGGAGCAACCCGAGUGCAUGUUCCAGCGGCAUAGAUUUUUAAAGAAACUACAACCUAUUUUGGGAUUUUUCCCACUCUCCCUAUUUUCUCUCCCAGCCGCAUGUGGCUUCCAUGUAUCUUCUUUUUAUGUUUCUCUUUAUGAUUCUUUGCUUCUUUUUCAGAGAGAAACGACGCGAGAGCUUUUCAUAUUGUGAUUUUGCUACCUUGUAAAGGGAGACGGCUCCAUCUCUCUCGUCCAGAGAAGAUUAUCCUGAACCCUCUUUUUGUUUAUGUUACUCUUAUGCAGUAUUAUUCAGUAUUGAUGCUUGUGUUUUCUUGUGUCAUGGCUGAGUAGUCCGCUAGCUUGUCUAGGGUUCUAGGGUGUUAAUCACGUGAGCUAAACAUAGAUAAGUGAAUCAUUUUGUUGUCUUCGUUUAUAUCCAUCCUUACUGCUUGCAUUAAUCUGGCCAUUUAAUGCAUGAACUUAGGUUUAAUAUAUUCAUUAACCGUGUAAUAGGUUGCUAGACAUGUUAUGAAUGAGCCUAUCAUCCCUAAUCAGCGAAUGUAGAUAUUAGGGUGUUUGGUGAACCUAUCGGACUUGAUCUCUACUGCUUGCUGUCGUGUCUUGAUCCAAAUGAGAGUUUAGGUAUCAAGAUCGAUCGACAUAGGGAGCAGUACCACGACAGUGGACUGUUCUACUUGAGUGAUCUGAGUUCUGGACCUGCUCUUAUUAGCGCUUGAAUAAUUGUUCAGCUCACAAGUAUUAGCACCCGAUGAACUAACCCUAGCCUGGCUUCUUUUAAGUUGAAUUCACUUUUACAUUAUUUUACUUGCUUUGCACAUCCCCUCAAAUCAAAACCCCUUCAUUGUUUUAGCUAAAUUAAGAACUCAUAAGAAUAAAGUGUAAACUGGUCCUCUGGAAUUGAAUCUCAAAUACUACAUCUACACUGUUAGCUUGCAGUAGAGCAAGACACAAUUUUAGUGUAUCAACGUACGAUGUGGAGUUCUAUGCUAUCGUUCAGGCGAUUAAACACUUGUGCCACUACUUGGUUCGCCGCGAGUUCGUUCUUUUCACAGACCAAGACGCUUUGCGACAUUUGGAAAGUCAAGACAAAGUCUCGGCACGACAUCAAGCAUAUAUUUCAUAUUUUCAAGAAUUUACCUUUGUCAUCAAGCAUCAGUCCGAUAAGACCAACCGCAUGGCCGAUGCACUCAGUCGACGGCAUAGUUUGUUAACCACUAUGCAUUCGUCGGUUAUAAGGUUUGCGUCAUUUGCGGAUAUGUAUCCGACCGACCCGUUCUUUGGUCGCACUUACCACGAGGCCAAGCACAACCUGCAAAGCGACUACACAGUACAUGAUGGUUUUCUUUUCAAGGGAUUACGUCUUUGUAUUCCUGAAUGCAGCCUACGAUUGAAGAUAGUCAGUGAACUACAUAACGAGGGACAUGUGGGAAGAUAUAGAAUGUUUCAGUUAGUGAUGGACUCAUAUUUUUGGCCUACAUUUCGAAGGGAUGUGGAAAGAUUCGUCGAGUAGUAGUGUCUGCCAAAUGGCUAAAGGCAAAGCUUAUAAUGAAGGUUUGUAUCUUCCGCUUCCAAUUCCUAAUCAGCCUUGGUCCGACGUUAGUAUGGAUUUUGUGUUGAGACUACUUCGGAACAAGAGAGGAAAUUCUAUAUUUGCCUUGGUUGAUCAUUUUUCUAAAAUGGUCCACUUUAUCGCAUGCAAGAAGACCACCGACGCCAUAAGUGUUGCUACUUUGUUUUUCAACGAGAUAUAUAGGUUGCAUGAUCUACCGACGUCUAUCGUCUCCGACCGAGACACACGGUUUCUAUGUCACUUAUGGGGGUCCUUAUGGAAAUUGUUAGGCACUUCUCUUGACAUGAGUUCAGCUUACCAUCCUCUGGUCAAAUGGAGGUCGUGAAUCGUUCUUUUGGGUAAUGUACUUUGUUGCCUUGUGGGAGAUAACAUAAAGUCGUGGGACACUAAGCUUGGUCAAGCUGAAUUUGCUCAUAAUCAUGCCACAAAUCGCAGUAUGAGGUUGGCCUUUUUAUAUUGUGUAUGGUCUUGUUCCUCAUGGUCCGUUGGAUCUGGCUACUACACCGAACAAGACGCAGCACCAUGGUGAAGCCAUUGAUUUUAUUAUCAACUUUCAGGACGUUCAUACGCUCGCACAGUCUCACUUGUACGCGGCUACAACAAAGUACAAACUCCCAGCCGACGCCAAGUACGCUCGCACAGUCUCAAAUUUUUAUGAAACUUUUUUGAAUUUUGAAAAUUCGUUUUAAAAAUAUUUUUAAAAAUGUAUUUUAAAUUUAGUAUUUAUUUAUUUUUAAAAGACUUAGAUCUCACCCUUCAAAUCUAAACCAUAAGGGGAGUGUAUUCAACUUAGAGUAUGAAAUUAUUUGCAUUAAAAUGACAAAUUCAUUGCUAUUUAAAAAUAAAAUUCAAAAACUCAUUUAAAAUCAAUGUUAUUAAACUUGAUAUUUCAUAAAGUACUAUGAAAUCCACUGUUAUUAAAAAUAUUUUAAGUUACUGAGUUUAAAGUUUUCAAAUGAUUUUAGAGUGUUUGAAUAAAGUUUCUUAUGAUUUUAUGCAAAGAGAGAUAGGAAGAUAAAAGAGAAAGGGUUGAUCUGAUUUUGGUUAGUUAGUGAGAUAAACGACUUUAAAGACCAUUAGAAAAUAUAAAAUGAUCAAAAGCAAAUUGUCAAUGUCUUAUAUUUUGUCACUUAUAGGACAAUCAUCUUUGGAACUCAAUAGAUAUUUCCUUUUGUUAGAUUUUCUCGUUACUAUUUUUGAUGAAAAGUUGUUUUUCAGUAUAACUCCGCAGUGUAAGAAUCAUGAAGGACCAAACUCUAAUGCCAAGGGAAAAUACAAAAUAGAGGAUAUAUAACUAAAAUAGAUUCUAAAUAGGUACAAAGUAUAAAUAAAAUGCUAAAAAUGAUUUUCAUGAAACCCUAGAGUCUAGACAGCUUCAUUUUUAUUUUAUUUUUGAAACUAGAGAGCUUCAUUGUUUCUCGUUGGACGUAAAUAAAGAUCUCUUUUGUCAUGAUAAUGAUCUCUUCUUCCAACAGGUAACCUUUUCAUUAAAUAGUAAUACAUGAAAUUGUGUCAUUAGCUAUACACACAAACAAAAUUCCUAUAAACGGAAAACACGUACAUGUACUUGUACAUAUUUUUAUAGAAAUAAUCAAAUAAAGAAUUAAUCAAGAUUCCAAUUUUUGGAAAAGUUUAAUGCCAGGUAUAUACGUACUUUGUUCUACUUCUACAUAUAUAUGCAGCACUUCAUGAAGUUUAUUUAUCAGUUUUGUAGUUGAAUAGUUAUACAUCGUCUAUUUCGGUUGUGUCUGGUUCAGGUUCGAGAAAAUAUUACUGUGGAAAAAAUUACAGUGUCGUUUUAUACAUAAACAUAUAUAUUGAUGCAUAAAUUUAAAUAAAGCACAUUAUUUUUACAAAAUAAAAGUUCAAAAAAAAUUUGUCAAUUGAUUCGAGCUAAGUAGAUAUCAAUACUAUUAAAACUGAAGGGCUUUUUUUUAGGUCCCCUUGAAAUUUUAAAGUAUUUACGGAUUUUUGCCAUUGGAUUUUUUUUAACAUAUGCUUUGUAUUAUAGAUAUAUCAAAAAAAAAACAUUUAUUGUUUAAUUUCUUUUUCAGCGUAAUUAACUCAAACGAUGCAACAAACUAUUGAUUUUAAUUUCCUUACCUUUUAACUUCGGCUCCAACUUAUGUUCACGUUUAUGAAGGCUUAAAUUAAGACUGAGGUGAUUAUCCACAUCUAUGGUUUCUAUGUUGUGUGUGAGGCGAAUCAAUCAAGGUCCGUGUAUUCUUUCUGGUAUAUGCUACCUUCGAUGGAGAUCUAAGGUUUUGCAAUGGAGAAUCUGCACAGAUCUGUUUAUCGGUGGUUUUGAGAGUGUUUUAAAUCAUUUCUUAAAGACGACAACUAAGGUACUGAUGUUGGGUCUUUCUAUUGAGUACUGAGAUUAAUAGAUAGAUAUCAAUACCACACCAUAGGGUUUCAAAAAGGGAAUAUAUAUCAUGGCAAUGCCUCCACCUUUUUGAUGAAAUCUAUGAUUACGAUCUCUGCGAUUAAUAGAGGAUUAUCAGGGUCCACAAACUCUAUAAUCGGCGUGAAGUGAUUCGACAAAAGUUAACAAACCUGUCUCAGAAUUUUUGAUAUCUUUAUAUAUGGUGUAGAUUUUUAGAUUUUGAGAAUAUGAAUUAAUAUGGUUAUGCAACUCGGGAGUCUUAAGGGUAGCAAUUAUAAUCUGAAGACAGCAAUGAGUGGUUGAACUAAAGAUUAUGUGGGUGUUAAUUUUGGGUUUCAGGAUUCUCAAGAUCGUAUUAGGAGUUUGUUAACAAGGAAAAAAGAUCUCCAAGACGGAGUUGUGAAGAAUAAUCUAUGGAGAUUCGAGGUUUCUAAUGGUGGGACAAGAAAAUAUUGCUGUCUUGAAAGAGGAUCUUUGUCAUGCCUUUAAAGGUUUGAGGUCGGAGUCGAUAGCAUAUAGGGAGUUUGAAUGUGGUUGGAAGACUAGGAGGUUGGUCUUUUGGCAUAAGUUUCGAUCUUCUUAAACCAUAGUAUUACCUCUCCGAAGUUCUUUGUUUCCUUUGGUGUCUCUGGUGAAAUCUCUUCUAACCAUAUCAGGAUUCAAAGCAGUAGAUUGGAGAAGAAUUGGUUUCUGAGUAUACAGUUUAGUUGCUCAAUGAUGGUGAUGGGUAUAAUAAAAGAGUGGAGUGUACGACGGUUGACCUUGGUAGCCUCACAAUGUACGACUGUUUUCAUACAACUGAUACGUCUGUAUCCACUGUUUUCAUACAACUGAUACGUCUGUAUCCAAGCAAUAAACAAGGUGCUAUAUAGUUACACAAAAGAGUGUAGUAAUAGAUGUCUCAGUUGGAGGAAUAUACAAUCACGUGAUUGGUUUGAACUGUCAUGGAUGUGGUUUUUACAAGAAGUUGUUGUUCAAACUUUUAAUGCUUUGUGUAAUAAUGAAAAGGGUUUUAAGAAAAAACUAACGGAACAAAUGAAAGUAACAAAAAGUGGGCUGUGAGAAAUUUUAGGAGAACUUUGAGGAUUUUAAACAUAAAAAAUCUUAUUGAAAAGUUUUUUCUGGAGAAUUUAGGAAAAAAGUAAAAGGCUCUGAAGUCUAAACCAAUCGUACUCAUUGUUUUGUGGAUAUCGCGUGGUUUCUCUAAUCUUAUCGGUAGAGACGAUAUGUUAAUAGCUAUUUAAAAUGUUUUGGUGGUACAUAUAUUAUUCCAUUAUAUACGAAAUAGGGAUGACUUAAUUUGUAAAUCAAAUUAAUUUCAUGGUGUACCAUAAACAAAUUUAAAUAGGGAUGACUUAAAGUGGAAUAUGUCAUUGUAUAUAAAUAUCAGUAGACCUCACCAAAAGCUAAAGAUUCAAUAUUUAAAAUAUCUAAACAAGGACUAUUUUUUAGUGAAUCCUUGCACUAUUUGCGGGUCUCCACGACAUGUGGCGACCCGCGAUUGGUUGAUAUUUUUUUAUUUUUUUACCUAAAAAAGAAAAAAAAUAAUAUUUAAAAAAUCAAAAUACAUUUUUUCUAAAGACUCCUCUUUGGGUAACACCAUUGCGGGUGCUCUAAGCAUCCAAAAACCUUAUUUUAAUAUAAGAUUUGCAUCAUUAGUUAUAAUAAAAUAGAUAAUUUGCAGACCCGUUAUAUAAAAUAUAUUAUAUUCAAUAUCAAUGUUAUAUCAUGAAAAUGCUAUUAAAUUUUUUUUUUAGUUAUCAUAUGUAAUUAAGAAUAAUUCUGUCAUAUUAAAAAUGGCUACAACAUAUCAAUAAUUAAAUAUUAAACAAUAAAUUUUAAUUUUUUUAAGAUAUAGUAGAAAAAUCUUAAAAUGAAAAAUUAAAAGAAUCUUUAAAUAGUCUAAAAUUGAACAAGAGUUUGAAUAUUGUAUUGGAAUACAAAUUUAGCUAUAUGAGCAUUUGGUUCCAUUUCCAUACGUCCAAAAUGCAGUACUAACAAUUUUUCUUUUGUUAUUUUUAAAAAUAACAGAUAUAUCAUAUUGAUUAUAUACUAUUUAUAAUGUAUUUUAUAUUACGGGUCUGCAAAUUUUAUAAUAAAUUCCAUGUAGUGUUAAUCUAAUUCAUAGUUAUUACAUAUAUGUAUUCAUUUGAAUAUGUUUAUUUUGUAUAUUUGAUGAAAUAAAAGUAUUUAACAUUUUUAUCAGAAACUUAAAUCUCACCUAAAUAGGAUAAAUUUCAUAUCAUUAAAAUAAAAUAAAAACUUAAUAAAUCAAUAACAACAUUUUGAAAUAUAUUCAAUAAAAAUAUUCUGAUAUUUUUUUGGUACAGGUUAAAUUUACGUUUUAAAUAUUAUGAUCUUGCAGUUAGCACAUGUUAAAAUUUUAUCUGAUAAAAUAAUCUAUUAAAUAUAUAAAAUCAGGUACAUUUAUAAGAACUUAAUUUGCUUCAAAAAUUUAAUUUUUAAUGGAUGGUGCAUGAAAAAUAUUCAUUACCUAAAAUGUUAAUGCACUUCUAAAUAAAUAAAAAAUCAACAAAAGAAUCCCGCGCUUUAAAAGCGCGGGUCAAAAUCUAGUUUAUACUAUUAAAAUAGAAGUCAUGACUUCUUUUAUGUAUGAUUUGUUAUUUGAACCAUCCUUAAAAAUGUUUUAAAAUUUUACAUAACUUAAUGAUAAUAUUUUUUAAUAUCUUUUUUUUUGAAAUACUAAUAAAUAUCUUAAACAAAUGUCUAACAAAAUCUUUCAAAUAUCUUUUAGAAUCUUUUAAAAAUAUAUUUUCAAAAUUAGUUGAUUAAAAUUAAAAUUAUCACAAAGUAUAGUUAGAAGAUAAUUUUAGUUUAGUUUUGAUUGUAAACAAAAAUUAAUAAUAAUAUAUAUACUUUUAAUAAUAUUUUAAUGAUAAUAAAAAUUUUAAAUUGAUUUAAAUUUUCAAAAUUAAAUUUAAGAAAUAUCUUUAAUUUUUUAAAAAAAAAGAAAUAUUCAUUUCUAUUUCCAAUUUAAAAAUAAAAAUAUCUUAUCUAUUUAGCACAUAUAUUACGACUUAUUUCAUAUGUGAUGUUCUUUUUAAUCUAGACCAUUAAUUAAAAGUCAUACCUUUAUAUGCUUUAACCAUGUAAUACAAUUAGUUUACACCUCACUUAAUAUAUGAAACAUUUGAUUUUAUUCAUAUCGCAUAUAUAAGAGUUUAGUCUACUGUUAUUAACGUCUGUGUAUUCGCCUGAGUUAAAAACCAAUUUGGUUUGUUAUUUAAACAACUAUACUAAAUUGGCUUAAUUAAUGACUAUAUAACAAGUUUUCUAUUAUGUAGGUUCAACUAAAUUUAAUUUUCACAUAUAUUUCAAAUUUAGAAAUAAAAUAAAAACUAUGUAAGUCAGUAUUGUUAUAUAAUAAUGUUUUUAAAUUACAUUUUGUAACAAAAAUACAAAAUUUAUAAAUUUUAUAGAAACAAUAUUAUACACCACAUUAAUAUUAUUAUAAAAUUAGAUAAUAUAUACCACCAAAUUAUAUUAAUUUUUUGAUAUAUUUUAUUACAUAACCUAAAAUAUUUUUAUAUUAAAAUAAAUCCACACGGUCGUGUGGGUCAAUAUCUAGUUAACGAAUAAAACAUAUAACUAAAUAAGUCUGUUUUCAGUCGAGAGACUCUUCGUUACUAGAUAGAAAACAGAUCAGUGCUACUGCUAUUAAAGUUAAAUUUUGUAUAUAUAUGUGUGUCAUUUACUACUUCUUUUAAAUGUUUCAUUUACUACUUUUUUAAACCUGUCAUUUACUAUAUGUAUGUAUCAUUAAGAAAUAAGAACUAGUAUUAAAGAGAAGCAUUUGUCCAAAAGAAAAAAAAAGAUGGGAAAAUUGUUUUUUUUUAGAGCAAAAAAAUGAUAACUAUGUCCUUUUAAACUAAUCUCAUAUACUUUAUGUCCUAUUAAGCUAAUUAUUUUUAAAAUGGUAAUAAUGUCCUUAAAAUUGUAAUUUUUAAAUAUAAUAAAUACCGAAUUCAUUUUUUUUGGUUUUUUUUAAAUCGAUUUUUUUUUAAAUAUGAAAGUGAAUAUUCCCAAAUAUUUUGUUUCCAUAUUUUUAGGAACUGAUUUCUUAUCCGUAGAAUACAUCUAAUCUAUAGAAAUCGGUUUCUACAGGUUUUUAGAAUUAUAGUAAUGUGUGAUAGCGGCGAAAAACGCUCUGGCGACGGCGAUGGCGAUAUAUUUCUAGGGUUUUGAUGAUUGAUCGAGAUUGGGAUCCGGGAUCUCAGAGGAAGAUUGGGGAUCGAGGAGAUCUAUGGCUUGGGGGAAGGGAAAGCAAAUCGAAUUCGUCUAUUGGAGAUUUGGAUUUUGAUUCGUUAGCGAUAACAUUGAGGGGUGAUCCACGGGCUUUCCAUAGGUUGGGAAGAAGGAUCGCGGUUGUUAGGAAAUGGUUAUUAUUGGGAUCUUUCAUAUGGAUGCAGUAUCCAGAAGAUCAAUCAUACGGAUUACAAGGUAUGGGAUUUGGUAUAAUCGAAAGAUCCUCUUUCGCUUCUAUUUUGGAAAGUGGUAAUCUGUCUUCCCGAUUACAUCAUUUUUUAGGGGGAAAAAUAUGGAGGCACUUGGAUUUUAAAGGGAUUUUUCUUCGUGGUUUGGGGGUUUUCAAUUUAACUUAUGGAGGUUGGUGCGUUAAGGAUAUUAGGUUUUUGCAGGAGAAACAAAAAUUGUUUUCAAACAUUCUUAAGAUUAGCUUGAAUGUACUUAAAGGUGAUAUCUUUUAUUUUCUUCAUAUGAGUAUCUUGUUUGAAGGAAAGGGGAUGCGAGGAAUGAAUGUGGGAGUCGAUAAUUGUAUGCUGUCACGAACUCAAUGUAUCUUUCACAGGUUGGCAAGGUCUUGCAGAUGGGUAAGGGCUUGUGGGGUGGAGCGUAACCAAGAACGAGAAGGGUGGGAUGCUCGAUCUCACGGUAAUGGAUGGUUUCUGCAAAUUCAAAUCCCAAAUGAAUGUUGGGUUAUAGGGUUUGAGGUUUUAUUUGGUGCAUGGAGGCUUGCAUUAGGGAUUGCAAUAUUGGCACUUUGUCUCUUCCCUAGCAGGAACAAAGAUAUACGGUGUCUGGAUAGUAGGUUGAGCAAGUAUUGGGUCAAGCUAACAGUAAAGAAUUACGUCUUUUUGGUUUGUAUAUAUAUUGGUCUUUGGGAUUAUGAUAUUGCUGGAGGCACAUUUGGUCGGUCUUGUUACUAUAUGGUUUGGAUUUGUGAUUGGGGCUACUUAUAUAUGGAUCGAGAAUUCUUGUAUUUUAUGGACAUGCUAUGUGUAUUGGUUCUACGGCAACUGGUAAUUAGGAGCUUUUUGUUGUUA